UGGGGGCGGGGCUUAAGCCUGAAUUGAGGAAGAGGUUGGCAUUGCUGCCCAGCGCUACCUCUGGUGUGUUUUGAAGGGCUACUGCACAAUGAAAGCCUAUGGAAUAGUGUUACUAUUAAUCACAGAUCUUUGCUUUAAAUCUGUUUACGGGUAUUUGAGCUCACCGCAUGUGGGCCAGGAGGCGUUCAGCAGAGACGCGCAGUACAGUCCAGUCAUCACCAAUCCGGUGGUACCCGCGGUUUCCUCCGCUUCUCCUGUUGAACCAAAUGGAGAUACCUCUAAGUGUCCCAGUGGUGGCCCAUGCAACAGACUUCCUGCAGACUGCAUUACCUGCAGUUACCAAGAGCACAAACUGUCCAACUGUACCUAUGGCAGACCAGCAACUUUUACUUGCAAGCCCAACAGAGGUGUCCACUGCACGGGUGGAUCGGGUAAGCAGCAGACAGAGUUUAACCAGACUAUAACAUGUCAGUUCUGCUGGCAACUGGACCCGUCUCAGUACCGCUGCAAGAAUGAAACCAACUGUAUGACAGUGGCUUGCCCACGCAGGCGAUACAACACCACCUGCAAAGCGCUGGAACACGUCCACUGCUUGGGGAAAAGAGAAUUCAAGAAGCGGUUAUUCUGCAACUGGACCGGGGGGUACAAGUGGUCAACAGCACUGGCAUUAAGCAUCACACUGGGUGGUUUCGGUGCGGAUCGGUUCUACCUGGGCCAGUGGCGUGAGGGCCUGGGCAAGCUAUUCAGCUUCGGCGGCCUGGGGAUCUGGACCCUGAUCGACGUGCUCCUCAUCGGGGUGGGCUAUGUGGGGCCGGCCGACGGCUCCCUCUACAUCUGAUUGUCUGGUUGAGAAGGAGGUGGGCUGAUUGCGGGAGGAGGUGAGGAAGGUGGUUGGGAAAGUGGUAGAGGAGCACUGCACCACUGACUCCUCUCUCGCUCUCUCUCUCUCUAUUUCUAUCUGUCUGUCUCGCUCUCUCUGUGCACUUUGCGCAAGGUGAGAUCAGAUCAGAUCCCUAUUAGCACAUGUACAGCUGGCCAAGCUCUCACUGCAACAGCCUCCUGCUCCCAUCUGCUUUCUGAGAGAACUCGGGCUCCACUCGUCUCCGCCGCGACACACGCGUGACACAACGGCCCCCUCCAACCCAACCUCUCCCUCCCCACCGCCCUCCCCUUCCUGAAGCCUGUAGCGGGUCACGGUGGAUUGCUUCAGGAUGGGACCUGUGCGUACAAUGAGGCUCUGAGUCAUUGGUUAUAUGCAUUAUACAUGAUGUUGAGCUUCAAUAUGGAGGGGGGUGGGGGUGCCACAAUGAGGGGAUGCCAUUGGGUUUGUACAUAGAUAGGGGUGCCAUAGUGAUAGUUUGCACAUCAGAGGUUUGUGAAGCGCUGUUGAACCUAAAUGUGAGAUGACUGUGGAGAACUCCGAUGAUUGUUUGUUGUUUAUGUUUUUAUUUAUUUAUGUGGGCUAUGUAACUGUAAUGACGUAUCCAUGGCAGUAUGAAAGCUGCUGAAGCACCAUAUGUGGUUGGUGUUAAAGACUCGGUGAAGACAAAUAACAAAUAUAUGACUGUUCAGAGAUGAAACGGAUGUUAUCUUUUAUUCUGGUGCACUGAUACACAGACAGAUCACCUACGCUAAAGCAUGCUGUUCCUCCUGUGUCUUUUUGUAAGCAGUAAACCAAUUGAGUUAAGACCUGAUUCAAUUAAUGGUUAUGAUCCAUUGUGCUUGUGUGCAUGGUUAUGUACAUAACUGAUCAAAAGUGAAUUACUGUCAGAUAUCACAAGUAUUUGGUGUGGAAUCUUGUCACAUCACAGAAACGACAAGUUUUAAGAUUAAAUAAACUCUUGGUUACAUUUCA